CUCCUCUUUCGCUUCCAUCUUGCUCCCCGCAUGUGUCUGCUGUUAGUUUACAGGUCAGUGAGGAGCUUUAAAUACUUUCUUCCCUGCACUGUUCCCCCCUGAUCCGACAACAAGAGAUGAAAGAAGUAAUUAUGAAUCAAGAAAAACUUAUUAAACUACAGGCACAAGUCCGCAUCGGCGGAAAGGGCAGUGCUCGCAGAAAGAAGAAGGUUGUACACAGAACGGCAACCGCAGAUGACAAGAAGCUCCAGUUCUCCUUAAAGAAACUCGGUGUCAACAAUAUCUCUGGUAUUGAGGAGGUUAACAUGUUUACGAAUCAAGGAACAGUCAUCCACUUCAACAAUCCCAAAGUGCAGGCCUCCCUCGCAGCCAACACCUUCACCAUCACCGGCCACGCUGAGACCAAGCAGCUGACCGAGAUGCUGCCGGGUAUCCUGAACCAGCUGGGAGCAGACAGCCUGACGAGCCUCCGGAGACUCGCUGAGGCUCUGCCCAAACAGGCUUCAGAUGGAAAAGCGCCAAUUGCAACAGUAGAAGAAGAAGAUGAAGACGACUGAUGUUCCAGACCUGGUGGAGAACUUUGAUGAAGCAUCCAAGGAUGAGGCUAACUAGAGGAAAUGGGACCCUGAAGUGUCAAAACGUGACAGGACCAUGUGAGGCACAAGAUGUUUUUCUGUCUGUUUUGAGAAGUGGAAAGCGAAUAAAGUUCUAUCAACUUUUG